GUGUCCGCUGUAGAGCGCGUCUCGACGCGGCGAAGGACUCCGACAACGAGAGUUUUUUGUUCGAGGCCGAAACGCUGAGACAACUGCUAGUGCGAUCCCAUAGGAUCAUCACUCAAACCUACGGACAACAGAGUUGCAAAAUGGCGGCAACAGUAGCAGCCCCAGUGGUUGUUGUGGAGAAUGAUUUUCAGCCGCUUCAGUUGGAGAGUAUCAUUGGAUUUAGUGGAUCCGUUCCCGAUGGCUACAUCAAGCACCCGAACGGCAUCCACACGAUCUACUCCCUAGGCUCGACCGUAGUAGUGAACGAACCGCGCAAGCCCAACUCACAGGAAUUUCUGCAAGGGCACACCAAUGCCAUCAGCUGCCUUGCCGUCAACAAAACCGGCACGCUGGUGGCCAGCGGACAGGUCACGCACAUGGGGUUUCAGGCCGACAUCAUCAUCUGGGACUUUGCAACGCGCCAGCCCGUGCAUCGUUUCGCUCUGCACAAGGUCAAAGUGCAGGCGCUGGCGUUCUCACCCCGCUCGCUGUAUUUGGCGUCUUUGGGCGGUGAGGACGACAAUUCCAUCAUUGUGUGGGAUUUGGUGAAGGGCGCGGCGAUCUGUGGCUCGCCGGCGUCAAAGGACUCGACGGGCGCGACGCUGUGUCUCGCGUAUCUCAACCGCGACGACACGUCCUUUGUAACGGGAGGCAAUGGCACGUUGAGGGUGUGGGAACUAAACGCUGUUGCGAGAAAGGUGCGCCCAACAGAUGUGGUGACGGGUCAAAUCAAGCGGAUUGUGAAGUGUGUGGUUAUCGAUAAACUGGAUGAGUAUAUGUAUUGCGGAACCACGACGGGCGAUUUGUUGCAGUGCAAGAUUAGCAACAAAUUGUUCAAGUUAAGCGGGCCUCCGAAGGAAAAGGACCGCCUUGGAAUGGGCAUCGUAUCUUUGGCGCUGGCACCAAAAGAUCAAAGCAUCAUCGUAGGAAGCGGCGAUGGCACCAUCGCAGCAUUCAAACUGCCCAACUUGAACAUCGUCAAGUCAGCGAAGCUAAGCGGGACCGUCACGUCCAUAACGUUCGAGAACGACACCCGCUUCCACGCAUCCACCGCUUUCUCAAACAUAUACGAGAUCAACACGAACGAAUUCACUCCACAGCUGAAGCUCGCUUGUCACUAUGCGCCCAUCAAUGACAUAACAUAUCCAGAACAUUCUUCGGACGUCUUUGCCACAGCCUCCGACACAGACAUCCGGAUCUGGAACGCGCAAACGUCCGCAGAACUUCUGCGGAUUGCGGUUCCCAACCUGGAAUGCAAAUGCAUUGUAUUCAAAAAGGACGGAACGUCGCUCAUCACGGGUUGGAACGAUGGAAAGAUCCGUGCGUUUGGACCGCAGAGUGGGCGUUUGCAGUAUGAGAUCGGGGAUGCGCAUAAGGGAUGCGUGACGGCUUUGGCGGUUACGGAGUGCUGGAAUGAGGGUGGGGAGUUCAGGCUUAUCAGUGGAGGGGCAGACGGCCAAGUACGAGUGUGGCGCAUCACGGCAACGCACCGACGGCUUGAGGAGGCCAUGAAAGAGCACAAAGGCACAAUUACGGCCAUUAAGAUCCGCAAAACAGACCUUGAAUGUGUCUCCUCGUCGUCCGAUGGGUCGUGUAUCGUGUGGGAUCUAAUGCGAUACGUGCGGAAUCAGAUCUUGUUUGCGCCGAGUUUCUUCAAAGCUGUGUCGUAUUAUCCGGAUGAGAGUCAGUUGUUAACGAGCGGGACGGAUCGAAAGGUCGGGUACUGGGAAGCGUUCGACGGAUCACUUAUCCGGGAGCUAGAAGCAUCACAAUCUGACACUAUCAACGGACUUGACAUAACGGCUGAUGGCAAAUACUUUGUCAUUGGAGGAAGCGACAAGCUCGUCAAGGUUUAUCUCUACGAGGAAGGCUCGAUCGCAUUCGUUGGCGUCGGCCAUUCGACGGACAUUACAAAGGUGAAAAUCUCACCAGAUCAGCGCAAGAUCGUCACCGUCAGUGCGGACGGAGCCAUAUUUUCUUGGAAGUUCGGGGAGGGGAUUACAGCGUGAUUUGAGCCCCUCGUUGUGAAUGCUUUGUUUUAUAAAUAUACAGUUACAUCUAGGAGCAAUGAACGGUGGUCUGCAGACGCAAAAGUUCCUCAACAGUGAAGGACAACCGAUACCGACGAAUUCCAGCGCUAGCUCAGACGCAUGGGGUCAGGAGAUGGGCUUCUUCUUCCGGACUGAUUUUCACGGCGUCCUGAACCUAGACAGUGCGCCGGCUGCAGUGCUUUGCGAACCUGUCCCACCGUACAGGGCGUCCUCAUACUCAAUGACCUCCUGUAGGAAUCGUUCCGGUAUUUGGAAGGUCGGCAGAAAGGCGAAGUUCGGAAGAUCGACAAGAAUCCAUGUACAGUCUGCGGC